UGGCGCCAGCGCUCAUAUAGGAUGCGCGGGGAUGGGACCGAGCCGGCCAGAGCAGCGGCUUUGCCAUCUGAGUAACACCCUCCAGCCAGCCUCCUCUCCUCCUCCCGCGCUCGCCCUGCUCCCCCCCCCCCCCCCCCAACUCUGCUCUCCGGCUCCCUCUCUUCUUCUCUCCCUUUUUUUUUUUUUUCCUCCCCUCUCCGCCGCACUCGCACCCCUCCAGGCAGGCAGGCAGCCGUCGGCACCCACCCCGCGGGGGCACCCUGCCUCCCGCACCGGGUAAGUGUGGGGCGCGGGGGGGCCGCCGUGCCGCUGCCAGGGCGCGCUCGCUGCUUUCUCUAAACACCCUUUCCCCCCCCCCCCCCGCCCCGCUCCCGUUUCUCUUUCUCCCCCCUCCAAUUUUCCUUUUGUGUCAGGCGAAGUUCUUGCUAGAACUGCGCCGUGUUAGAUCUGCCCUUCUUCCUUCCCCCCCCCCCCCCCCCCCCUCCCCUUUUGAAGCCAGCUGGAAAAACUCCUGUUGACGUUUGUAGCGAGAGCGGGGGGAAAAGAAGGAAAAAAAGGGAAGAUUUUUUGCCUUUUUUUUUUCCCCUUUUUUUCUUGGUGCUGUCCCCGGACCUGCCUCCGUGACCUGUCUGCUGCCAGAGGGACACGCCGCCUCUGGGGGUCUCCCCCCAUCCCUCCGAGGGCGCGCUCCAGCCCCCCGACGGCGUUCUUUCCAGAAAAGCCAUCCUCACCUCCUAAGAGCCACCGGUAGCUCCAAAAGCCACCCGCGGGCAGCAGCCCCCUGCCCCGAGCGCCGCUCGCUCCCGGUCUCAGGGGUGGCUGGGAGGGGAGGCCCGAGGCCAUGGAGGUGGCCACGGACCAGCCUCGCUGGAUGACCCACCACGCCGUGCUCAACGGGCAGCACCCCGAGAGCCAUCACCCCGGACUGGCUCACAACUACAUGGAACCAGCGCAGCUCCUACCUCCGGACGAAGUCGACGUCUUCUUCAACCACCUGGACUCCCAGGGCAACCCCUACUACGCCAAUUCCGCCCAUGCCCGGGCCAGGGUCUCCUACAGCCAGGCACACGCCCGCCUGACCGGGAGUCAAAUGUGCCGGCCUCAUCUUAUCCACAGCCCUGGGAUCCCCUGGCUGGACAGCAGCAAGGCGGCACUGUCUGCCCACCACCACAACCCCUGGACCGUCAACCCCUUCACCAAGACGCCCCUGCACCCCUCGGCAGCUGGAGCGCCCGGGGCCAUCUCGGUGUACCCCGGCAGCAGCACAUCAAGCACCGCCUCCGUGUCUUCGCUCACCCCGGCCUCGCACUCCGGCUCCCACCUCUUCGGCUUCCCCCCAACCCCUCCCAAGGAAGUGUCCCCGGACCCCAACUCCACCAGCGCUGCCUCCCCUUCAUCCUCCGCUGGGGCCCGGCAGGAGGACAAAGACAGCAUCAAGUACCAAGUGUCGCUGUCGGAAGGGAUGAAAAUGGAGAGCGCCAGCCCGCUCAGAAGCAGCCUCACCAGCAUGGGGGCCCAGCCCUCCACCCACCACCCCAUCCCCACCUACCCCUCCUACGUGCCAGCUGCCCACGACUAUAGCAGCAGCCUCUUCCACCCGGGCAGCUUCCUGGGGGGCCCCGCGUCCAGCUUCACCCCCAAGCCGCGAAGCAAGGCCAGAUCCUGCUCGGAAAGAAAUCCGGUUUCUUCGUGUUUCCAUUUAGAAGGCAGAGAGUGUGUGAACUGUGGAGCAACUGCUACCCCUCUCUGGAGAAGAGACGGCACCGGGCAUUACCUGUGUAACGCCUGCGGGCUCUACCACAAAAUGAACGGUCAAAACCGACCUCUCAUUAAACCUAAACGGAGGCUGUCAGCGGCUAGGAGAGCAGGGACUUGUUGUGCCAACUGUCAGACCACCACCACGACCUUAUGGCGACGUAAUGCAAACGGGGACCCAGUUUGUAAUGCCUGCGGACUCUACUAUAAAUUGCACAAUGUGAACAGGCCUCUGACCAUGAAAAAGGAAGGAAUUCAGACCAGGAAUAGGAAAAUGUCCAACAAAUCAAAGAAAAGCAAGAAAGGCUCUGAGUGUUUUGAGGAACUGUCCAAGUGCAUGCAAGAGAAGUCGUCUCCUUUCAGCGCUGCUGCCCUUGCUAGCCACAUGGCUCCCAUGGGGCAUUUGCCACCUUUCAGCCACUCUGGACACAUCCUACCAACACCCACCCCCAUCCACCCAUCUUCCAGCAUCUCAUUUGGACAUCCACACCCAUCCAGCAUGGUUACAGCCAUGGGAUAAAAUCUGAUGACCAAGAGACCCACCCAGAGAUUAAGAACAUGGGGCUUUGCCUAAGAUGACACCAAGUAAGAAAAUGUUCUGCCAAGAAGAGAAUGUAGGGAUGGCAAAAAGGGAUCUUUGCUCCCAUGUGGUUUAACUCUUAACGCUGGACUUAAAACCUUGCAAAUGAUGGGUCUUCUGCAGAAACGCAUAGUGGUGCCUGUAAUGCACUUUGCCCCCUCAGGUAUAAGGAAAAAGAAGAACUCACCUGGUUUGAUAUUCAGUGGUCCAGCAGAAAGCAAAAGAUGGCAGAAGCAGAAGGAAGAGGCUGGAACUGGCUUUCCUUUUUCUCUUUGUUAUUACUGUGAAUAUUGUAAAGAGAUAUAAGCAGCCUCCCAGGAUGGAAUCGGCUCACUGGAAGCCACACAUGCUGGAUUUCUAUUGUGGACUUUGGGGAGGGAAAAAAAAAAAAGACAUCUUUAUAAAAACUUAAUUUUUAAAAUGAAAUCAGACAAAAAGUCAUAUUUAUUUUGUUCUUGUUUUCCACAAAAAGCCUCAACCCCUCUGA